GGAGCAGAGCUUGCAGCCAUGUGAUAUUAUCAAGGCAGCUGUAUUGUUCUGUACUGUAGACGCUGCAUCUAUGGUACCCUAUUUGUACAUCUUGAAGCAUUCCUGCGGAAUGUUCCACCCACCUGACUGAGACGUUUCCAGCUUCUACCCUUUCAUUAAGUGACAUGUUGCUGUCGUCCGGGCAACCGUUUACAACGGCGUAUCAUAUUUUCCUGCCUUUUGUGCCAUGCUGAAUAUUUCAGUUCCCUGUUUGCUGGAAUGAAUUGUGAAGUACAGGCGGCGCGAAAAGAAAAAAAGCAAGGAUUCUUCUGGCAGGAAGGAGAAGCUGGUGCACAAGGAUCUGAUUGCACAGGCCAGACCUUGAGGAGGAAGCAGCAUCUGCUGCAGCAGGAGCACACCAGCAGCAUCCCUCUUGCCACGGUGAUGCUGGAUUAGGGAUUCUCCUCUGGGCUGGGAGAGAACUGCAAGGCCCGAUUUUUUUUUUUUUGCUUUGCAUGCUCAUCGACUGGAUGUCAGCUCAAGUCAGCUGCUCUCGUGCUUUACCCAAAGGGGUUUUGUUUAAAAUGCACAAAUGAACAGGCUGCUACAGUGCUAGCUAGCUAGCUUUGCUGGAGCUGAAGGAUCAGCGUUUUUUUAAGAAAAAUACAUAUACAUCAGCAGUAUGCCUGGCUCGGUGAGUACAGUCCGACAGGAGAGGUUUAAGAAGCCAGGUGCGAGGCCAAACCUCCCGAGCCUGUUUACAAUUAACGAAGAGGAUGAGCAGCAAAAGAAUGGCAAUUUCAGGAAGCAGAAAGCAGCUGACUCACAGGCUAAAUUAGAUGAGAAGAAAGCCCCAGCAUCCAAUCGCCCUACUUCUACUGCAUCAGGACAGAGCAGUAACACUGGAAAUAAACAAGAGCCCCUAGUAUUAAAGGUUGAUGAAAGGCAAAGACUAGCAAGGGAACGGCGAGAGGAACGCGAGAAACAGCUUGCUGCUCGGGAAUCUGCACUGUUAGAAAGAGAGGAGCGGGCGAAGCAGUACUACGAGAAACAUCUGGAGGAGCGCAAAAAGAAACUCGAGGAGCAGCGUGUGAAAGAAGAGAGGCGGAGAGCUGCCGUUGAGGAGAAGCGGAGACAGAAACUUGAAGAAGAAAAGGAGCGUCAUGAAGCCGUUGUUCGGCGGACAAUUGAGAGAAGCCAAAAGGUGAAGCAGAAGCCCAGCCGCUGGUCAUGGGGAGGGGCUGUUCCCAGCGGUGGCAUCCAUUCCAGUGGUUUUGUUGAAUCCGCUUUCCUCUUUCCUCUUGAUAUAGCAGGCCUGGAGCACCACUUCCAGGGUGCUUUUGGUGUUCGCAGAUAUGGUACAAAAAUGCAAUAUGCAGACAGGAGGUCAGUUUCCACUGUGAAUCUUUCGAAACAUGCAGACCCUGUCAUUAACAAGCGGCUCUCUUCCUCGUCUGCAACGUUGUUAAAUUCUCCAGACAGAGCCUUACAGAAAAGAACUCCCUUCCUUAAUAAACCUCAGUCAAAGCCACACACCUCCUCCAGAGAAAAGCCCCCUCAGGAUCGACGGCCAGCUCGUCGCCUGCAGCUCAGUGCCUGGGAGAGCUCCAUCGUCAGCCGGCUGCUGACUCCCACCCAUUCCUACCUGGCCAGGAGCAGAAGUGCUGUGUCUUUGUCCGGGGAGAUAGUUAUCCCCAUUUGUCCCCGUUCAGCAUCUUGCAGUCCUAUGACCCCAGUGUCCUACAAGUCUGUCCACUGUAGGAGCACUGAGCGGCCGAAAGUGACCAUAACCAGCUCUGACACGGCUUCACGCAGGAGAACUGUCCAUCUGGCAAUGGUUGCUAAAAAAGAAAAGGAUAAAUCCUGGACCAACCUCUCUACCCCUACUCCUGCAACAAGCAGGAGGUCUCUAUCUCCCUCUAGUGUGAGGAGCAGAGCAACAGCACCCUCUCCAGUACGAGCGGUCCACAAGGCACCUCCAGUGAUCAGCAUUCCAAAGCCAGUGAGAUCUCCCCCUGAUCCAUCCCAGGAAUCUCCUGGGCAGAGCCACCCCCUGUCUCCUGGGAACGUGCGGCCAGUGAGGACCGUGCUGCAGAGUCAGACAGAGGAGCAGGAGGACGGAGCUGAAAGUGCAGACAAUGUGCAAAUUUCAGAAGAAAUAAAUCCUGAGCUACCAUCACCUGCUAAAGACACUGCACCUAAACAUGAGCCCGCUAAAGAGCCUGGUCCAGCUCAGCCACAGCUGCAGGCCGUGCCCGCUGCAGGAACCUCCCCAGCCGGUGGAACCAAGCCCUCGGCGGGCACCACUGACCCUGAGGAGGCUACUCGUCUACUGGCUGAGAAGAGGCGCCAGGCCCGUGAACUGAGAGAGAGGGAGGAGCAGGAGCGCAGAGAGAUGGAGGAGGCUGAAAGGCGCAGCAGGGAGGAGAUGGCGAGGAGGAAGGCAGAGGAGAAAGCGCGUCGGGAGGAGGAGGCUCAACGGCUGGCAGAGGAGAAGAGGAAGAGGGAGGAGGAGGAGAAACGUGCUGAAGAGGAAAGAGCACAAAGGGAGAGAGAACUGGCCGAGCGCCUCCAGAAGCAGAAAGAGGAGGAAGACUCUCGCCUGCGCGAGGAGGCAGAAAGGCUGAGGCUGGAAAGGGAGAAACAUUUUCAGAAAGAGGAACAGGAACGCUUGGUGAGGAAGAAGCGUUUGGAGGAAAUCAUGAAGAGAACAAGGAGGUCUGAUACUGCUGAUAAGAAGCCUGUUUCCCAAAGGAAUGGUGAAGUAUCCCAGCAGAAUAAAGCAGAUGAAACAGCAUCUUAUCAGCCUUCAAUGCAGGAAACGCUGUCUGUGACUGUGACAGAGCAGUAUUCAGAGGAGGGUCCAGGGACACUGUACGCAGGCAGCAAUGGUCAUGGGGCCCUGGGCCCUGGACUGCCACUCCACACAGCUGGACAGAGCACUCCAGCAGCUGUAACACAACCAAAAGAAAAUGGGAUUUCUGUGCAGAGUGACACGUUUGAGGAGGUGAUCAACCUGCCUGUGGGGUCCAAACGGUCAAACCUUGACAUGACUGGUGAAGAUAGUGAGGAUGUUGGCUCACUCAUCCCCGUCAUCGCAUUCAAAGAAAGGGGCUCUCUGAGAACCCUGGCUAAUGUAGAUGAUGUUCAGUCACAUCAGAGAGCAGAAGUAAUCUGAGAUCGUCUGCUGAAAGAGAGCAUGCAGAAUUGGAUUAUGAAGCUGUGACUUUUCUACAGAGGAAAUACUGCAGCUAUUUACUUUGACUGGCACUUUGGAAGAAAACGUUUAAACACAUUUUUGUAUCAAAGAGGAAUUAAAGCAAACCGUCGAUCUAUCAUUUUUCAGUGACCGGAAAAUGUUUCUCAGUAGUUAAUCAUGCUUUGUGUGCUUUUGUGUUAAAACAGCUUUUCCAACAUGCUUCUUUUGACAGGUGAUAUUUUCUGAAUUCCUCAGAAAAAUAAGAUGAAGCGUUUUGUGACUGUGAUGUGGAGACGGGGGUGAUUUUGUUGGGUGUUACUAAUUACUGUAAAUUGAAAAUCGGCUAUAAUGUCCUCUAAUCUAAUACUUGAAGACACCUCAUGCUCUAGAAAUAGCAAUGGAUGAGGCUACAUUUGAAACCUAGUGGUUUAACUGUAAUGGCAGAGAAGUAAGUGCAUUGGGGUAAAAGACUCUUGCUGUUUUCUCUCAUCAAACCAAGAACUGUUUGUAAAGUGCAGAUUUCUCAUAGUUUUUUAAUUCAAUGUAAAAUGUUGAAAAUAGGAGAAAUAUUUUCAAUUAUGAUUAAAGCCAUCAGCUUUAACAAGUCGUUAUUAAUUGUGUUGGCAGAGCAGCCAUGAGAUGUAUCAUAUAUGCAUUCAAUAUCCAAAAUAGUAUGAUUGUGGGAUUUAAAUCAUAUGGUCCAACAGAUUUAUAACCUACAAAAAAAUAAAAUUUCUUUAAAGAAAUGCUGCUACUUUAUAAAUUUCCUUUGCCUUAUCAGAUCAUGAGAAUAAAUGAGAUUUGAAUGAUUUUUGAAAGUCAAUGACUUUUGCUCGUUUAAGAGCAAAGGGCUUAAAUGGACACAAAGCUAAAGAAAUGCAUUCCUAAAAUGACUUUCACACAUUUUUGGACUCAUUAUUUCUGCAACACUUGAAAUGUUAAUUUCCAUCACAUUAUACGCAUUGCUGCUAUCUAGCAUGGUUCUCAAAGCUUUGCACUUUUACAUAGUUCUUUAGAGAACUACUGAAGCUCCUUUCUAUGGUACAAAUGAUUUACUGGUGAUUCACCUGACCAGUUAUGUGGAUUAGAACUACUGAAAAAAACAUUUAUGCAGGGAUCUUUUAUUACGUCUCUUGUUAAAAAUGUGCAGAGAGUAAAUACAUAUAUAGAGAUAUAUAAAUACAAAAGGUUAAAAUGUAUAUUUUAUUAAAAUUAAUAACAAGGCUUUGAAAACAAAGGACAAAUGUAUCCACUACACUUAAAAGCUGAAUAAUACUAAAGCCAUUCAGUGGUUCGUUUUAGUAAUAAACUUAAGUGAUUAAACAAUUCUAAUUGGAUUCUGUUUUGUUUCCUUACAGUCUACUCCUGUCCAUGUACAUAGAAAUUUAAUAAUGAGACCUUUGUCAGAACUGUAGUAGUUUUCAUUGAUUCAGUCUGUAUAGCAUGUAAAGAUUCAAAUAAACUGUUUGAGAAAUUA